AGAAAACUAAACUAUAAUUUCUAUCUGUUUCUAUCCUAUCUCAAUGGUUCCGCCACUGACAGCAGAUGCAUUUUAAAUUGAAAUCUAACUGGCAACACUGAGAAAAUUCAAAAUCAAUAAAUCGAAUAGUGCGAUCGCGGAAGAGAUUUUUUCGAUAUUUCACUUAAAAUUCCAAAAACAGGAUAUCAAAUCAUUGUCUUAGUUCAGUGCUUGCAUCAACAAAUACCUGGAGCAUCUCGUCGUCAUGGCUACUAACGGGGGUGUCGGUGAAGCGGGUAAAAAUAUUACUCCGCAGUGUAUGCUGCCCGGCGGUUGUUUGGGAAAGACUCGUGCCGUCAAGUGCUGGAAAUGGGAUGUUGACCAACUAAUAAUGAACAAAGUAUUGGGAAACAUUGAGUAUGGUGUUCUUAUUUUGAAUCGGCCAAUAACCCAAAACCCUGGAUUUAUAAAGAGGUUGUGGAAUAAAGCAUCCGUUAGGAUGACCGUCGACGGUGGCACUAAGCAGUGGGAUAAGUUCCUGAGCAACUUUUCAGAUGAGACAAAGACUACCAUCCAGGAUCCGGAUCUCAUUACAGGAGACUUUGACUCCAUCACUGAUGAAAUAUUAGAGAAAUAUAAACAGAAAGGUUGUAAGAUCAUUCACACACCAGAUCAGAACUACACCGACUUCACAAAAGCUCUGCUGGAACUCAACAUACAUAGCAACAUGGUGGGAGUGCAGUUGACCCACGUCAUUGCUAUAGCUCAAACCUCUGGCCGACUGGACCAAAUCCUAGGCAACAUUCAGACCCUCUUCCUCGUAAGGGACAAGUUUCUGGUCGGUCCAAACACAAAUGUGUUUCUCAUGUCUGAUGACUGUAUCUCUUGGCUGCUGCACCCUGGAGACCACGUGAUCUAUAUUCCAGAGGAGUCUAGGCAGCAUAAGAGGGCAUGGUGUUCGCUGGUGCCAGUUGGUGAAACCUGCCAGCGUGUCACUUCUACUGGACUUAAGUGGAAUCUUGAUAACCAGCCUCUGCGCUUCGGUGGAAUAGUAAGCACUUCAAACACAUUUGAUGGAUCACAAAAGGUGACUGUUAAAUGCAGCCAUACUCUGCUGUGGUCCAUGAGAGUACCCAGUAUUUCUACUUAAAAUGGAUAAAAUAUGGGUAUAACAGUAUUUCCAACCAGUAAAUAUCAUAGAUUCGGUGUCUAUAAACUGCUGGCAAUUUUACAGCUGUUUAAUAUAAACAUAAACUUUUGUACUAUCUGUCCUUUAGUAGAAUUUACAAUUCAUACAUUUGAUUAAAAAAAAUAGGUCAAGUGCGUGUCGAUUUGGUGAAGAAGUUGGGGUAUAUAAUAUCAUCACUUGGCUAGCCUUACCCAACUCUGUUGAGGUCGGCUCCCAGUCGAACCAGGCACAGCAGUCGUACCUACUAGAAUUUUUUCCUAAACCCAGUUACCUGGGCUACGAUACCCCUUGGUAAGACUGGCUGUCAGACUUCUUCCGACUACCCUUAACGCCUUGGGAUGUUGUGGUGAUAAGAUGUUGGGGUCGGUCUAUUAUGCCAUAGAACAAAGUAUGUUUUCGGCAUACAACGCGGUGAUUAUUGAUCUAUGUAUCUAUUACGGUGAACAUAAUUCCCUUAUUCUUCAUAUAACUGUGCCAUGUAAUGUACUUACUGAAUGUUCUUUAAGAAUAUAGGUAUACGAAUUGCUCUCAUAUUUUAAUCGAUACUAGUGUGUGAUGCAAGGUUAGAAUAUUUGAAUUUUAGGAGGUUGAGAUGGUCAUUGUUUUAUCAGUCGUGAAAUAAAUAAAAAAACAAAUAGUUUUUUCAAAACUCUAUACUUACAAGAAACUUUGGAAUAGCACAUCCUAGCACAUGUUAGUACUUAAGUUAAUAUAAAUGCAUCGUAGGUAGUUACGUUUCCUAUUCCUGGUUUUAUAAGGUGCUUCUCUUUCAUGCGUCGGAAACAAAAACCUUCAAAAGUUUUCCUUAAACUGCCCAAAAUGGUUCCAUUGACGGUUAGUUCAACCAGUCGAAAUGCGUAGGCGUUCAAAUAAACAGGAAAAUGGCCAGGAAAAAUUAUGACUUGCCCUCCUAACGUGUUACAAACGCUUCAAAUCUUAAUCCACAAAACCAGAGACGGAUUCACAAGCUUCAUUUUUUUUCUGUAGGGGUUUGAAAGUUUGUUAAUAACAAAACUUUCAAAACGUCAGGUAAAACUAUAAGAUACAUAAAACUAUUGGUGAUUGCAUAUAGAGGCUACACAACUAAUAUUUACAAAUAUCUACAGGCUACUAAACUACUAAGAAUAUGGGCAUUAUUUCAAUCGCUGUUUCCCUUUGAACACUGUUAUUUAAGCGUAUGCAAUAUUGUGUACAGAAAUAUGAUCACGAGAAUUAUUCGAUAAAUUACUGGCAACAAAUGCAGAUCCAACCUGAGAGCGGUUUCCACAAAUUCUCUUAUUGAUGUAUACCGCGCGUUUGUAUUACAAACAUUAGGCAAGAAUACGCGCUGAUUAAUCGUGCCAAAAAUAUCCCUAUACCGCGUCGUAAACACCUUAUAAUUUGUUUUUAUUCCUACAUUGAUCAAAAAUGGCUGGACCGUUUGUAAACAUUGGUUUGGUGAGAACAGAGUUCGCGUUAGGACGAUAUUGAUAAUCAACGCUGUAAAUCGGUAAUUGUGACUAUACCAAUAUUAGAUAGAGGUCAUUGCGAGGUUUUUGAUUUAAUAAUGUACUCUUGCCAAUUUAGGAAAAGAAGUGUAAUUUUAUAUCCUCAAUAAAAAAAAAAAUUAGCCUCUUGCAUGACGACCUACAUCGAUUCUUGGAAGUAAUAAGAUAUCCAAUAGACACAGCAAAGGCACUAUUGUAUUUUAGAUAUUAUUAUACUUUUGUCUUAAUAGUUGUUAUAAGCUGUCAAGAUAUAAUCUCCCAUUGUUUUAUUUUACGACUGGUGAACAAUGACGUGCGACGAGUAAAUAACUGCAUUAGUAUGAAAGGAAGAAUUGUAGGAAUAUCACUAAAGUGAAUCGCUAUCAUUCAUGUCGUGGGAACGAUCGUAAAUAUCCGAGUAAUUUUAUUGUAUACGUAAAUUACGAAUUAUAAUUGUGAUGGUAUUUAAAAUUGUAUAAUGAAAAUUUGUUAUUUUGAUAUUACUUGUUAUUUAUUAUGAAUUUCGAUACCUAUAUUUCAUUGUGAAAUGAUCUGACAAUUGUCUGUAUUGGUGCAGAUUUUCAUUUUAGAAAGCGUAGAAAUUAUUCUGUUUACUUUUAAAUGUCUACGAGUGUAGUUACAUUAACACAUAAUGACGACAAGUACAUCAUAAUUUAUUAUCAUUUCUUACCAUAAAUAGUUGGGCAAUAUCAGUCUCUUGCAAGACCGUAUUGAUAUUUUAAGUAAGUUCAUAUAUUUUGCAUUGUUGUUUGUUUUAUGCAAUAUUCGGAGUGCCAAUGUGAACGUGAAAAAUGUUAGAUCCAACUUUCGUUUUUUUUAAGUUCUUAUAUGGGUUGGAAUAAUGAAGUCUGAGACCGUGAUAUUUUAAUUGUUUGUCUUGUGAUUAAUUGCAGGCUAUAUUUUGUAUUGAUAGCACAACAUUGCCAAAACACAACGCUCACCAAAUAAGUUUACCUAUUAGUUUACUUUACCCCUUCUACCUCGGAUGUUGUUAAUUAAAGUUCCUUGUUUAGUUUAGUUCAUUAUUUAGUUGGGUUGAAAUGUGAUGUAGUUUAUAAUUUAGGGAAUUUUAUGUGAUAAAUGUUUUUUUGUUAAUCGCAGUUUGUUUUGCUAGUUAGCUUCGAGCUUUCUAAGCACACAUACUCAAAGCAGGGAAACCAAUGUUUUCAAGAUUAACACCUUAUCUACUGGAGAUAAAGUUGAAAAUGCCAUGAUAGAUUUUUCACGGCGGUAGUGUUUCGGAGCUAACCAGCAAAAUGUAAACUAAGAUUGGACAUAGUUAUAAUUUAAUAGUGACAUGUCAUCUACCUUAUAUUGGUCAAUAGUUAGUUUCUGUGUUUAUUAAAAAAUCUCAAAUAAUUAGUAGCAAUUAGUAGCAAUCAAAUAAUAAAAAAUAUUCCAAGGCGAUAUUGUAAUUUAAUCGUAUAAUAUUAAUUGUACGUAUAAAAUAUGAAAUCACGGUGUCUUCUAUGUAUGCUCAAAAUGAAACUUAAUAUGUCUUUUUGAGCUCGUAAACGUUAAACGUAUUUCAUACAACACUGUAGUUGUCUGCAUAUGUUAAUUAACUUAUAGUCAAUUUUUGAUCACGUAUAUCAUUAAUCAAUAAUAUUCAAUAAAUGUACUUAGAUGAAUUUACAAAUCAAACUUAUAGUUGUAUUCCCUCUUAACAUGUCGUCGAAUUAAUUAAAAACGUUUAUGCGAACUUUUUAACAAAUAUCCUGAGACAUUUAGAUAAUUUCCAUUUAUAUUUAAAAUGGUAUAUUCUUAAAGAAAAUGAAAACAAACUGCAUAAAAACUGCAAGCUCGCAUAUUUUGUAAGGUUCGCAUAAAACCUCCAUUACGUUUUACUGACUUAAUCCAAAGACAAGAAAUAGGUACUUAUGUGUUUUGUUAUAAUCUACAGUUUCGCCUAAAUCAUCUGCUCACUGUUAUUUUUUAAUUUAUUUAGAUAAUGUUAUUUUUAAAGGCUACUGCGAAUUAUUGUGUAAACCAUGAAUGGAUGUCCAAAUCGAUUUUCAAUACUGUUUUACACAAUCAUAAUCGCAUCUGGCCAUAGUUGAUAUUUAGAAAAAAUAUUACCUAAUAUGUAAUUUUACAAUUCUGUUGGUGAUGUAUAUUUUUUAAUUAUGUACUUAUACAAUAUUUAUUAACGAAUGUACUUAUCUUCAAUAAAUUAUACAAAAUUUAGACAAAAA